AUGAAAUUACUAGUGCUAUCUUGCUUUUUUGCAUUGGCUUGUGUUGCAAUCGCAGCACCUGCAGACUCUCUUACUAGGAAUUCUACACAGAAAUCACUAGGACUAGGAAAGAAAAAGUGCAUUUUACAUCACGGAAAACCAAAGCCAAUCAGUGAUUUGAGUGAAGCUCAAAAAAUCACUGCUAGCCUAGAAUCGGUCAAACAAACUAUUGCUCCAAGCAACGAGAGAAUAACAGAUAUUCCCGAUGAGUACAAAGGAGAAAGUGAAUUGAAUAAAGUAAGUUCAACGACGACUGAGACUACAACCACGACAACCACCGAGGCUCCAAAGACGACUACAACAACCACUGAAGCACCAACUACUACUACAACAACCACUGAGGCUCCAACCACUACUACUACAACAACCACCGAGGCUCCAAUCACUACUACUGAGGCUAUAACGACAACAACAACUACUAAAGCUCCAAUUACCACUACAACAACUACCCAGGCUCCAACCACUGAGGCUACAACAACUACAACCACCACUGAAGCUCCAACUACCACUACAUCAACCACCCAGGCUCCAACCACAGAAGCUACAACUACUACAACAACUACUGAAGCUCCAACUACCACUACCACAACCACCCAGGCUCCAACCACUGAGGCUACAACUACUACAACUACCACUCAGGCUCCAACCACUGAGGCUACGACUACUACAACAACCACUGAAGCUCCAACUACCACUACAACAACCACCCAGGCUCCGACCACUGAGGCUACAACAACUACAACCACCACUGAAGCUCCAACUACCACUACAACAACCACCCAGGCUCCAACCACUGAGGCUACAACUACUACAACAACCACCCAAGCUCCAACCACUGAGGCUACAACUACUACAACAACCACUGAAGCUCCAACUACCACUACAACAACCACCCAGGCUCCGACCACUGAGGCUACAACAACUACAACCACCACUGAAGCUCCCACUACCACUACAACAACCACCCAGGCUCCAACCACUGAGGCUACAACUACUACGACAACCACCCAGGCUCCAACUACUACGAGUACGACGACUACCCUAGCUUCAACCACCGUUGUAGUAGAAAAAGUAAAGAAAGAAAAGGGCUUUUGGACAAAACUUCUUGAAACUUUACACAUUAUAAGCAGAAGUGAUGAUGAUUAG